AUGUUUGCUACGUCGGGAAAUACAUCGGAUGAAGAAGAUGAAGAUGCAACUCAAACCAACAUGUUACGGUACGUUGCCUACCAUGCACAAAGAGAAGAAAAGAAAAGAGAAAUGGAUAAAGGUUAUCCGAUAACCUCAAAGCCACGUGAGCCUCACUUCAUGCAUCUUGCGGAGGGCAAACAAUUAUUCACCCUCUCCAAACAUCCGGAACCGAUGCUGAAACUCACUUAUGCGGCAGUAGGAACCGACGUCGCCAACGCAGAAAGCUUGGAGAUGAUCCGAAAGAAACUGUUAAGUUGGUUUAACAAAUAUCCAGAAGUUCAGAAAGAAAUUGAAAAUCCGUUCCCGAAUAACACUCUUGCUGUUUCAUUUUCUCAAAUGAACUUUCAAGUCGGAGACGGCCCUCAAGAGUUUCGACAAUUUGAUAGCUUCACAGUAUCUCCGACUGCGUACUACACCUACCAAAAACUAUCUGAUAGUCUUCACAGGACUUUAUAUAACGAGAACGGAAUUGAGUAUUUGGCCGGAAUAACAUUCUAUCCGGCUCCACAAGGAUCUCCAAAGUUUUUGAAUACCAACGGAUUCCUGUAUAAUUGGAUUCAAUGUUCUGCUGAAUACUACCCACAAUGUGAUCGAAAGAUGAGACCACAGUACACAAAAUUCAAUCAAUACGGAAGAUAUUGCAAUGAAGCCGGAAAGAGAGUACUCGUGAAGUUCAACCCUGCCAAUGAUACUGUUUGCCAUAAUGAAUUCAAUCAUAGAAAAAAUAAAUACGUGCUGACGCCGUGCGCUGAGUGCAAGGCUGACCAUACUGAUUACAAAUGGAUAGAACCAAAAAAAGAAGUAUCAGUGACUACUGUCUCAGAAGUUGCUGUCCGAUCUUCUCAACCCAAGCCUUCCAAAGAUCUCGUACCGACCUCAAAGAAACUGGCACCCCUUGAAAUUCUGGAGUCCGCAGGAAUCACUCUUCAAUUGCUUCUCAAGUUGAACGAGUUGGGCCCAAACACAAAGAUAUCCAUGGUACACAAAAAUACGAAAGAGGUUCUUGCUGAGAAGAAGAAACCAGAAAUCAGUGGACUUUUGCUCUUUGUCAUGCUUAACCCAGAUUGGAAAAUCGACGCCGAUAAUGAAAUGUUAGUCAAUGAGAAUUCGAAUGCUUUGGUACCGGAUGAGACUGUUCUUCGUAUGUGUCAUAGAUCAACUGGAGUGGAAUUGGAAAAUGCGGAACUCCCAAAAGUUUCUGAUCUUGCAAAAUGGCUUGAUGAAAACCCAGAAUACAACGUCCAUCAGAGGCAUGCUCUGAUUGCUCAGUUGACACUUGGAUGCGAGUAUGAAGAUCGAAUUGGAUUGGAUUCAUCAGUCUUUGCGGUUUCGGAUGAGAUUUCAGAUCUUAAUCUAGUUGGAAGCGAUGAAGUUGCGGAGUCAGUGACAAACUCGACAUCAGAAUCAUCAGUGUCAGAUUUUGAAGAAGAGGACGAGGUUUCCGAAAGUGAAUGUUCUGGUCAAUGUGACAAUCAAGAUGAGCAGAUCAAUCUUCACUUUCAAACCAGCGACGAAGUUAACAAAAAGACGGACGAGACUCCACUAGAAUCCAACGAGAACUCAACUGGCUCAAUGUCAUCAGCAUCUUCUCACGAGAGUCUUCUCGAAGAUCUAGAAGACAGCGACGGCGAAAGUGACUCUGAAGACGACUUUGAAAUGGUUUAA